AUGAAUGUACCUCUGUAUGUAAUCAGGAAUGACAAUGAGGGGAAUCCCAUACUGAUCAAUAAAGCUGAAAAUCACAACAGGAAUUCUGCUCUAUAUCAUAACAUCAUGAAAAAAUCAGCUUUUCUCCUCAAAGGAAUAGAAAACAAACCUGAAAACUUCCAUGUAACAGGAAUAAUCAGAAUGAAUGCAGAAAUGUUUGAGUUGAAGAAAUCCAAUGAAGACACAGCAGGAAAAUCAGUUAAGAAAAGAAAAAUGGGAAAUUAUGUUUUCUUAAAAAUGACAGACUAUUAUGCUAUUGAAUUGAUACAACUGAAUGAGUUAAAAAAUCAUUUCAUAUUUGCUCCUGAUUCUAAAUUAAAUGAAAGACCCAACAGAAGAAGGGUUCAACGAGAGGUCCCUGAACAUAAUCAACUCAUAGAUUUCAGCUAUGAUAUACUUAUUUAUAUAGAUUUUAAUGAAUAUUUAAGAAUAAAAGAAUAUAUGGAUCGGAAAAAUACUCUACAUCCCUAUGAAGAAGAUGCAAAGAUAUGUGAUUUCUACCUCCUUGUAAUCAACACUUUAAAUUUGAUAUUUCAACACAUGGAAAAUUUCAGUUACAAGCUCAGAAUCUAUCUCAAGUCAAUUAUUAUUCUUGAUACUCCUGAAAAAAAUGAUUUUAUUACACAGAUCCCAUCUUAUGUAAAUGGUUCUGUGAAUGCAGAGGACUUGCUCAGUAACUUUUCAAAUUUUGAUUUUGGAAAUAUCGAAUAUGACCAUGCAGUGUUAUUUGUUGGGCUUGACCUUUAUGCUGUAAUCCAAAAUCAAAUUCAAAUAAGUGUUGCAGGUAUUUCCUAUGUAGGAGCAUUAUGCACAAAAUAUUCUCUUUCCAUUGUUGGGUCAAAAUUUGGUUUUUCAGUCAUCCAUAUUAUGAUGCAUGAAAUUGCACAUAGUCUUGGAAGUCAACAUGAUGGUACAAAUAACAACUGUAGCAAAGAAAGCCAUUACAUCAUGUCCCAGAGCAGACAGGUUCAACCCAAUACCACCAAUCCCUGGUAUUUCUCAUCAUGUUCAAUUAAACAAAUUGAGGAGCAUUUGGAUGACAUCAUUGAACAAGGAAGUAAUUGUGGUGAACAAACAUCAAUGGACUGCUGUAACAAUAAUACAGCUGAAAUAACUGAACAUGUUUAUAGUUUGGAUGAACAAUGUCAGAUUGCUUUUGGGAAUACAAGCUAUAUAUACAGGCAUAACAUUUAUAGUCAAGAUGUCUGCAAAUUUAUAUUGUGUGUCAUACCAAUAAAUGGAUCUACAAAUGCCGAAGUGAAGCCUCAAAUCUCUGCUCCGGGCACAGUAUGUAGCUCACAAAAGCAGUGUGAACAGGGUGAUUGUAUUUAUUCAAGUAAGGCCCCAAAUAUAUCAUUACCUUGUUUAUUUGGUGACAAACCAAGACCGAUCCCAAGCCGCAAUUGCUCUCAACUUAUCGAAAUGAUUCCCCAAAUAUGUGGCAUGGAUUAUUUUCAGGAAGCAUGUGUCUGUUCAUGUUCCAAACACCUAACAAAAGAUAUGUGCUGUCCCUAUGGACCAGAGACAUUCACGUGUUUAACCUCUUGGUGCAGCAACAAAUCAUACGAUGGUUUUUGUUGUCAGACUUGUCCAGCUUACUCUAACUGCUCUUUGGGUUAUUCCCGCCGGAAACGGUCAAACUAUUUCAAUACUGCAAUGCAAAAGAAAGCUAAAUUAUUUCUGAAAUCUUACCUGAAUUUACUCACCAUGAAGCAAAAUCAGGAGGUUGAUAACUAUGCACUGGAAGAGAGACAAAGAGAUCUCACCAAAUGCCCACUGAUGACUACAGGCCUGUUCAAGUACUGCAACGAACUAGUGCUCACAAAAAGCAACAGUGCUUGUUAUAAUGAAUUUAUCUCACAAAUAUGCUGCCAGGCUUGUAUCUUAGUCAUGGACAAAAAAUCACCAGGUUGUGAAUAUGGAGACAGUGAUGAAGAGUCCUGCUCACAAUGGGCAAAAGAAGGUCAACUAGCAAGUCGCUGCUUCACUAAUAAACAAGUGCAUGAAAAAAUUUGCUGCAAGUCAUGUCGGUUACUUGUGUCAACAAUGUAUUCAGGAUCAAAAAAAAAUCCCAUAAGUUUCCCUCUCAUAAUGAUGGUCCUUUAUGCAUGUUUGGUCAAAAUUUAG